AAAGAAAGGGAAAAAAUGUGUAAAAAAUAGCAAAAACAAAACGAAAAUAAAAAAAAUUAAAAUAUGUGACAGAAAGAGACAAAUGCCACUGGGAAGCAGUCAUAUUUCAUAUUGACCAAGAUUUUCACUGCCAAAAUUCUUCGUUUUUUCUCCACCAUUUUCCCAUUUGGGUAGUUGUGCUCAAGAACUUGGACAAAGAGAAGUUUUUGGGCAACCCAAAAAACCCGCAGGAAGUAUUUUGACUUCAACAUCUUUCAACUGCAAUUCUCCAAAGUCCAACCGUAACUCCCCUCAAUUUGUGCUUCAAUUUAUGCUGCAACUUGAAGUCCUGUUUACUCUUUAAUUAAUGCCGUUGAUUGCCUAAGAUGUUUGAUCCUGCCGCAAAAUCACAGUAUAUAGGUGGACAGCGGGAGAAGUUUAUAAGAUUGGAUGACUUGGACUCAACUCUGUCAUCUCCAUCAGCCUCUGUAACAGCUAACAAAUGUGGUUUCAGCAUUGAACGCAUAGGAAAUGCUGGUUCUUCAACGACCACCACAUCCAAAGCAAAAGGAAUGAAGAAAGGAUCUCAAGGGCUUAGAUCAUUUGGUCGAUCUUUUGGUUUUGGAGUUUCGAGAGCAGUGUUCCCUGAAGAUUUAAAAGUGUCAGAGAAGAAGAUAUUUGACCCUCAAGACAAGUUUCUUCUUCAGUGGAAUAGAUUUUUCGUCAUAACAUGUAUUCUGGCAGUUUCCGUGGAUCCACUUUUCUUCUACCUUCCUGUUUUUGAUAAUCCAUCGAAAUGCCUUGGGAUACAUCGCUCAUUAGCUAUCGUAGUUACCACAUUGCGCACAAUAAUCGAUGCUUUCUAUCUAAUUCAUAUGGCACUUCAGUUUCGGACAGCUUAUGUCGCUCCUUCAUCGCGGGUGUUUGGACGAGGAGAACUUGUGAUUGAUCAGGCUCAAAUUGCAAAACGAUAUAUGCGUAGUUAUUUAGUCAUUGAUUUCCUUGCUAUACUUCCACUACCUCAGAUUGUUGUCUGGAGAUUUCUUCAGAAAUCUCAAGGUUCAGAUGUAUAUGCCACAAAACAAGCACUACUUUGUAUAGUGAUGCUUCAAUAUGUCCCGAGAUUUGUUCGAAUACUGCCCCUCACCUCGGAACUGAAACGCACUGCUGGUGUAUUUGCUCAAACUGCCUGGGCUGGUGCUGUGUAUUAUUUGUUAUUGUACAUGCUGGCCAGCCAUAUUGUCGGGGCACUUUGGUACUUACUCUCUGUAGAACGCAAUGACUUCUGCUGGCAGAAAGCAUGCAAGCAUAAUGCAACUUGUCAUACGGAUUUCUUGUACUGUGGCAAUAGCUAUAUGAAAGAUUUCAGCUCUUGGGGGAACAUUAGAGAGUUGGUUUUAAGUACAGAGUGUGGCGUGGAAGAUGGUGAUACAAAGUUUGAUUUUGGAAUUUUUAAGCAAGCCAUGUCGUCAGGCAUAGUGUACUCGAAGACAUUCUUUUCCAAGUAUUGUUAUUGUCUUUGGUGGGGGUUGCAGAAUCUAAGUACCCUUGGGCAGGGACUUCAAAUUAGUACUUAUCCUGGAGAGUCUCUUUUCUCUAUUGCACUCGCAAUAUUUGGCCUUAUCCUCUUCGCAUUAUUGAUUGGCAACAUGCAGACCUAUCUUCAGUCACUUACUAUUCGACUUGAAGAGAUGAGAGUGAAAAGGCGUGAUUCAGAACAAUGGAUGCAUCAUCGUUUGCUCCCACAGGAUCUACGGGAACGAGUUAGACGUUAUGAUCAAUAUAAGUGGUUGGAAACUCGUGGUGUGGAUGAAGAGAAUUUGGUUCAGAGUUUGCCGAAAGACCUCAGAAGAGACAUAAAGCGCCACCUCUGUCUAGCUUUGGUGAAGAGGGUUCCUCUGUUUGAGAAUAUGGAUGAGAGGCUACUUGAUGCCAUUUGUGAGCGGCUGAAACCCUGCUUGUACACUGAGAGCACUUACAUUGUUCGAGAGGGAGAUCCAGUUGAUGAAAUGCUCUUUCUUAUACGUGGUCGCUUGGAGAGUGUAACUACUGAUGGUGGAAGAAGUGGAUUUUUCAACCGCAGUUUGUUACAAGAAGGGGAUUUUUGUGGAGAGGAGCUUCUAACAUGGGCUCUGGAUCCAAAAUCAGGUGCUAACUUGCCAUCUUCCACUCGAACUGUGAAGGCUUUGACAGAGGUUGAGGCUUUCGCCUUAACAGCUGAUGAAUUAAAAUUUGUGGCUGGUCAAUUCAGAAGGCUUCACAGUAGACAGGUUCAACAUACUUUUCGAUUUUACUCGCAGCAGUGGAGGACAUGGGCUGCUUGUUUUAUUCAAGCAGCUUGGCGCCGACACUGCAAAAGGAAGCUUAUGGAACUUCGGAAGAAGGAAGAAGAAGAAGAGGAAGCUGCUGCGGCGGCGGCUGCAGCAGCAGCAGCAGCAGCCGUGGGGAGCAAUAAUGCUGCAGGAGGUUCAUACAGUCUGGGUGCCACCCUUCUGGCGUCGAGAUUUGCAGCUAAUGCACUUCGCGGUGUUCACCGCAACCGGAAUCUUAGAAGUGCGAGGGAGUUGGUGAAAUUGCAGAAACCCCCGGAGCCAGAUUUCUCAGCUGAUGCAGAAUGAUAUGCAAAUCCUGACUAACUAAUUCUGUCUUGUGCUAGUUUUCGGUGCUGACCUUGCAUAUACGUGAAGGGUUAAUUUAAAGAAAUGUAUGAUAUGCAAAUAUCAAAAUACAGAACGAACUUCAAGUUGCAACUUCAGCUUUGAUUCUUAUCUAUAUUAAACAUGAAUGUUACCAUCUGUAAAAUAGCUUUUGUUUGAAAUAUCAGCGGCAAUGUUGUUAAAUUGUGCCCCGUUGUCCCUCGCAUUCGUGAUUGCCGAAGUUUUUUUUUUUUUUUCAUUGUAGAGGAAAGUGUAUUCUCUUGUUCAAUAUUUAAUAUUUGAUCAAAUUUUUU